CUUACUAAGUUUACGUACUUCGUUUUUUAUAAAAAUUUAAGUAUUAUAAAAGACCUAGUAUACGUAUUUACUAAGGUUAUACUUUUAAACUACGGUUUAUUAAAAAAAAUUAUUUUAAAUAGAGAUAAGCUAUUUAUUUUAAAGUUUUAA